AGUUCGUCGGCAAUGGCCGAACAGACAACUGCGUACGCGUUCAAACCGCGGUCGUCGCCCUCGGUCCCUGCGAAUUUCGAACGACGUGCGGCGCCCGCAGCGAACGCGUACCUAAUAUCGGACAAGAGGAAAUUUUCGAUCGCCGCCACUCUUCCGUGCGAACUACGUGCUCGGAUUUGCCUCGUAUUUUCAUCAGUUAAUACAAAUCGUGAACACGUGGUAUUCGUACGGUCUUCGUUACGGACGCAACCGUCGUUUAUUGGUGCAAUUAUUUUCGAGUCAAUGACAACGACAUUGAAAUAUAUUCCAAAAACAGAAACUGUCCGACUUCCAUGCCAAACACGAAUCUAGCACAAUUAGGUUUUCAAUCGGAAACAAUGGAUUUUCAACCAGAAAUCAACAUACAGCGAAAUGUGUACCAAGUGGACGCGUUGGCCAACAAGAAUCCAGGGGAACUAAAUCGGCCAGUCGUGAAGUAUAAGAAAAAACGGAAAUGUAUGGAUUACGUGAAGACCACGAUACCCGCAAUCGACUGGUUGCUGCUGAACUACAACUGGUCGGAGGACUUACUCGAAGACAUCAUGGCUGGCAUCACGGUGGCCGUAUUGAACAUACCACAGGGCAUGGCCUACUCGAUCUUGGGCAACGUCGAGCCCACCGUUGGACUGUAUAUGGCCGUGUUCCCGGUGCUCGUGUACAGCAUCCUGGGCACGUCGCGACAUAUCUCCUUGGGCGUACUGUCCGUCAUAUGCCUGAUGACGGGCAAAGUGGUGUCCACGUACGCCUCGGACACGAUAGCGGAUCCGGAAGGAUAUACCAACAUGGAAGUGGCCACGGCCGUCACCAUGGUGGCCGGUUUAGUGCAGCUGCUCAUGUACGUGUUUCGGCUGGGCAUGCUGAGCACCAUACUGUCCGAGACGUUGGUCAGCGGCUUCACCGGCUCCGUGGCCGUCAUCGUGAUCACGUCGCAGCUGAAAGAGUUGCUGGGCGUGGUCACGGUCCGGCGGAACGGGCCGUUGCAAGUGGUGUACACGUACUACGAUUUCGCGGUCAACUUCCACACGAUCAACUGGAUGACGGCGCUGGUCUCCGCGGUCACCAUCACCAUUCUGCUGGUGUACAACGCGUUCCUGAAGGACAAGAUCAACAAGAAGCUGUGCAUGCCGUUGCCGAUAGAACUGUUGAUCACGGUCGUGGGCACGACGCUGUUUCAGAUCACCAACAUUGCCGAGGAUUACAACAUGAUCCAGAUGGGCGAGAUCAAAUCCGGGCUGCCGGGCAUACAGGUGCCGCCGCUGAAGCUGUUCCCGUCCGUGUUCCUGGACGCGUGCAUCAUAGCGGUGGUCGCGUACUCGAUAUCCAUGUCGCUGGCGCUGCUGGUGUCGGAGAAGCUCAAGUACCCGAUCGACACAAAUCAAGAGCUGCUGGCGCAGGGCAUGGGCAACGUGAUCGGGUCGCUGCUGUCGUGCCUGCCGUGCGGCGCGUCGCCGUCGCGCAGCGCGUCGCAGCAGACGGUGGGCGGCAAGACGCAGAUGGCCAGCAUCGUGUCGGCCGGCAUCAUCGUGGUGGUGCUGCUGUGGGUGGGCGUGGUGUUCGAGCCGUUGCCGCGGUGCGUGUUGUCCAGCAUCAUCGUGGUCGCGCUCAAGGACAUCGUGCUGCAGACGUUGGAGCUGCCCAGGAUCUGGAGGAACUCGCGCACGGACGGCCUGGUGUGGCUGAUCACGUACGCCGCGACGAUCGUGCUGGACAUCGACGUGGGCCUGCUGAUCGGCGUGCUGGUGUCCGUGCUGUGCGUGUUCGUCAAAGGCGUGCUGAUCGACGUGCACGCGCUCGGCCGGUUGCCCGGCACCGACCUGUACAUGCGGCUGGACACGCACGGCGACGCGGCCGAGGUGCCGGGCGUCAAGGCGCUGCGGUUCGCGGGCAGCGUGAACGUCAUCAACCGGUUCGCGUUCAAGCGGAAGAUCGUCGAGGCGCUGCGCUCCGAGUACGCCGCGGACGCGCUGGUGGCCAGCGCCGUGCCGUCGGUAGCCGUGCUGUCGGCCGCGCCGCCGGAGCCCGGGUCGCGCACCGUCGUGCUGGACAUGGCCGGGCUCCAGUACUCGGACGCGGCCGGCACCAAGCUGCUGUGCGAACUGUUCGAAUCUCUGGUGGCCGACGGCUACGACGUGUCGCUGGCCGCCGUGCCCGACGCGUCGAUCGGCUACAUGCGCGCCAACGGGCUGCUGUCCGCGCGGUUCUUCCCGACCGUGCACGACGCGGUCGUGUUCCACCAGCACCGGCGGCAGUCCCGGCUCCUCGACGCCGUCGUCGUCAAGUCCGCGAACGGCGAGCAAAAGCGCUUCUGACCGCGCGCCCCGCCCGCCCCGUACGGUAUCUGAUUGGCACCCGGUCGUCACGCAUCCGUCCGACCCACCUUACCUACCCCUCAUCUACCGGU